GUUAAUUAAUGAUAUUCAAAGUUGUCAUCGUUGGAUUUAUACCGUUGUGAAAAAUCUUAGGAAGAUUAUUUCGCUUUGCCAGUCUUGCGAUAUAGAUUGCAUUUUUGUUUUUAUGGUACUGUGUUUAAACUAAAUUAGCACCUUUGGUGUCUGAAAAUCGAGAGAAGAUGAGUCGAUCCAUGUCAGUGGUGGACGGAAUGGCGGUUGCGCCCGGAGGUGGAAUUGGUCCCACUAAAGGGAGACGAUUCUCGGCCCCAUCUGGGGCAUUCGGAGAAGAAAGUACAAUUUUUGUGAAAAGGCAACCAUUUACGCAAGUUGCAUUCGAUGAAAUUCAUCUAAAAGAAGACCAGGAUGAUGAUACUUCAUUGGCCACUACAUUGAAAAAUAAUUUAUUCUGCUCUAAGAAAAGACUGUGGAAAAUUGUUUCAACCUACCUACCUAUUAUCAAAGUCCUACGAUACUAUAACAUCAAAGAGAGCAUUGUAACUGACAUUAUGGCGGGAAUCACAAUCGGCAUACUGCAUAUACCUCAGGCCUUGGCUUUUGGACUUUUAACAUCUGUCAAAGUAGAGAAUGGACUGUAUACAUCUGUCUGGCCAGUUUUGCUUUAUGUUAUCUUUGGAACGUCUGCUCACGUAUCUAUGGGAACGAGUGCUGUCAUUUGCAUUGUAACUGCAAGUGUGGUCGAUCGACAAGCGGAAAACUUUAAAGCAACGUACGAAUUUAAUAAUGCCACAACCAAUUUUACGACCUGGGAGGACAUACCAGAAUUCAUGGAUUACAAGGAAAAUAUAUCCCUAUGUGUAGCCAUGCUUAGUGGGCUUAUCUUGCUGUUCAUGGGUUUUCUACGACUCGGAUUUAUAACUGCAUAUCUUUCCGAAUCAUUUUUCAACGCGUUUACGUCCGGUGCUGCUGUCCACAUUGCAACCAGUCAGCUACCUGCAUUACUUGGUAUCAAUGUAAAGAGAUUUGGUGGCGCUUUCAAAAUCAUAUACACAUACCAAGAAAUAUUUUCCAACAUAACUAGCUUAUCUUGGCAAACACCUGUUGUAGCACUCGUCAGUAUUGCGAUCUUACUUUUUUUCAAGGAAUUCAUAAAUGAAAAGUUCAAACACAAACUCCCGAUUCCUAUUCCUGUUGAACUUUUGGUUGUCAUACUAGCAACAGCUAUUUCCUAUGCUGCAAAUCUAGCUGAAGAAGUCGCCGUUGUUGGAGAAAUACCCGGUACAAUUCCACCGCCAAUCAUACCUGACUUAACCGGAUUUCAAGAUUACUUUGUUGACUGUUUUGUUUUGGCAAUAUUAAUUUUUGCAAAUACAAUUGCCAUGGCAAAGAUUUGUGCAAAGAAACACAACUAUGAAAUCGACGACAGCCAGGAGUUGAUCGCUUAUGGUAUGUGUAACUUUGCCAGCUCCUUUUUAAAAUGUUUUCCAUCAGCUGUUGCCCCACCAAGGUCCAUGAUCGCUUCAAAUAUGAAUACCAAAUCAACUUUAGCUGGUAUAUUUGUAACAAUACUUAUGCUUCUUGUCAUCAUGGCUAUGAGUGUAUUGUUCGAACCUCUACCAAAAUCUGCCCUUGCAGCUAUAAUUGUGGUCGCAUUAAAGGGACUCUUUAUCCAGAUGGCUGAUUGCAGAAAAUUUUGGAGAAUCAAUAAAUUUGAUUUUGUUAUUUGGUUAUUCACUAUUGUCAGUGUUGUAUUCCUUGACAUCGACUUUGGACUUGGUAUCGGCGUUAUAGUUUCAUUAAUAACAGUCGUAUUCCAAACCCAGUUUUCACGUGGUUUCCGUGUUGGCAGAACAAUGAAAGAGAGCGCCUUUGUUGAACACAAGAGAUACAAGGAUUCUAUUGAAUCAAAUGGCGUUAAGAUAUUCAGAUUUCAGUCGAAUUUGUAUUUUGCAAAUGCCGAAAUAUUUAGAAACACUUUAUAUAAAACGACUGUAAACCCAAGAAAGCUACUUAAAUUUUUGAAAAAACAAGAAAAGAACCAAGAACGCGAAGAAAAACGUAUGAAAAAACUUGGAAUUGAACCCCCGAAGAAAGACUUGAAUGCAUUAUCUGAAGUUUCGAUUAUUCCUAUAACAAGUGAUGGUCGCAAGAUGUCCAAAACAUCUGAAACAAACGUUGCAACUAACGGCAAUGUAAAAAAGAGCAGUUCCCAGUUGGCGCUAGUAACAGGAGACAACCCUGCAUUUGCUAUGGAUGAAGUGAAUUUGCAAAACAACGGAGUUCAAAAACAAACGAACGUCACGUUAAAAAGACCACUAAGCAUAGCUUCUAACUUAACAAGUAUUUGUGAUGAUGACGAUGAAGUCGACCCAGAAGAUGGAGAAGAGUUCGUAACAGACGACAAAAUUAGACGCAUGCGCAGAACACAUCAUAUCAUCAUAGACUGUUCAACGGUUAACUAUAUGGAUAGUUCAGGAGCAAAUGUUUUAGGACACAUUUCCUCCGAAUACGAGCAUGUGAACAUAAAACUUUUCCUUGCUGGUGUUGCAGCUAGCGUACGGGAUACUAUGGAACAUGCUGGAACAUAUGAAAAAAUACCCCAACAUCAUAUUUUCUUGGAGCUGCACGAUGCCAUAGCAGUAGCCAGAAGCAAGGGUGUUGCUCUAUUACCACCUUUCUUGGAGGACUUCACGUACGACGAAGCAGCAGAAGAAUCGUAUGUUACCAAUAUGUAAAUCCAACUUCGUUCAUUGAAGACAAAAUAACAAUUUGCCAUAUUUACACAGAAACAAUCAUUAUCAUGGUAUAACAUUGUAACAUUAACAUUGUAUUUGAACAAAUAACAGUAUUAAGAGUAUUAUAAUGCAAGGCAAAGUUUUCCCCCCAGUAUUACCAUUGUAGAUACAAGCAUCCGAGGUCACACUUGAUUAUGUAUACGGACUUUCAAAAAUAUUAAGCAAAUGUAUCAAUGCUUUAAACUCAUUUAUCAUAUCAACUGGAUUGUUUAUAGCUAAUAACAUCUUUUUGUAUAUCACUUCUGUAUCUUUUUAACUAACUCGGGUUAAAAAGAAAAUGUAAUCCAUAUCCGUUCAUACGACGGAUUUUUACAAGUUUUGAGUAACGGUUCAUUGCUCUGAAUCCUAUGAUAAUGAUAUUCAGGAUAUUUCACCAUUUAAUCCUUGUAUUUGUUUUGCAUUUACAUAUAUUUCUUUUAAAAGAAAUAUAGUAUACCAUGAUUUCUGAACAAUUUUAUAGUAUCACAUUUUUCACCAACAGUUAGAUCACUGUGACCUACAUUUCAAUUCAAGCUUGAGCGACUUUGGUGAAAUGUUGUAUUGAGAACCAUUUCUUCGAAAUCAUGACGAAAUGUCAAUGAAGUAUUUCCGCUAGUCUUCUACUAUGGUACACACUAUUAAUCAAUAUUUGUGUCUUUAUUACGAACAUUUUUCUCAUUAGAUUUUCUCUCUUCUGUUUUAAGAAUUGACAUCCUUGUGUCACAAACGUAGAAUUUAACUCACUCAGCGUGAAGCAACUUUUACUUUUUGUCUACGCAUUCCCUUGCAUUUUAUUGAAAAAUCAACAUAAUAUGAAAAAAAAGUGUUUUGUCUUUUAAUUUGUUGAGAAAGUAAAAAUAUAUUUGUAAACAAUGUGCUAUGUAUGUCUUAUUUGUAUAUUAAUAAAUAUGUAUAUAUAUUUUGUAUUAAAGAUAAUUGUAUUUUAUUUUAUGUACAUUGAUUUAAAGAAAUAUUUAUUACAA